GCUGUUUGUUCCCAAUGAACGCAAACCACGCCGCAUGCACCCCCUCCCGUCUGUUUGUUUGUCUGUCUGUCUGUCUGCCUGCCUGUCUGCCAGUUGCUCUCUGGACACUGCACCAGCACCUCCGUCAGAAGGCCGCUAGUAGAUACAGACACGCAAUGCCAUCUGGCUGGCUACGCAAAAGGAGCGGCAGGCCUCACCCACUCUCUGGACGCCACGGACACAGGCAAGCCACACACACACACACACCAGCACGCAUUUAUGCAAAUGCACAUACGGACCGGACCUCCCUUUGCUUUCGUCUCCUCUGCUUACCCGUCCUGAUCGUGUCUUGGUCGAGUGACGAUGCCUCCCCUGACCCAGUAGGGCCUAGGUGAGGGCAGCCGUGGCGAACCGGCCCCGUGCACCACACGCUCGCCCUCCAUAUCGCCCUCAUCCAACACACGCACUGGAGGCGCCGAACGGGCGCGGGAAUCCUUCAGAGGCAUUCACACACAUGUACAAGAAUGACCUGCAGGUCGGUCGGUGUGGCAUACCGUGUGUGGCACGGUCGGGCACGGGUGUGGGAUGGGUGGCGAGGCGGGGCGCUCCUCCAGCAACCUGCAUACACAGAGGGGAAGAGAGAGACCAGCCAAUAUGGCCGAUUGAUGCCUGUUUGGUUCGCCCGCUCCCUCGCUCCCUCCCUCGGUCGCUCACUGGUCAAGGUGUUGUAUGUGUUUGGUCCUCCAGUUCUGCUGGUCGGAUUUCCACCGCUGCUCGACGGCAAACAGACGGUCGCGACACGCACCUGAUGCGCAGCCACCAUGAGAAGGGCAGGUCUCCUUUGUGCGUGUAAACGCCCUGCUGGUGUGUGGCAUGCCUACGCAGAUCAGUGGACAGCUGCUCGUUGAACUGCUGCAGGUCGCGAAGCUGCCUGCAACCACACAAAGAGAAGGAAGAACAGACACACUGAAGGUGUGGAGGAGUAGACGAAUUGCCUCCCGCUGCGGGUGAGUAUACCUGUGUAUGUCUUCUUUCUCAGCGAUCCUGUCCUCAACCUCAAUCGACAUCUGAUGCGCCUCACGGCUGAACGGACAGACAGACGCACCCAUCCCAUCCCAUGACAUGACAUGACAUGCCACGCCUCUGCUCUGCCCCUGAUCCACCCACCGCGAUUUUUCGAUCUCGGCCUGGAGUGCGAACACCUGUCGCUGAGACUCCUCAUAUUGACCCUGCCACUCCUGUCACACACAUACACGCAUAGAUCACACAUGCGCGCCGGAGGUGCCGCGUCUGUCUUUAUUGGUCCAUGCAGCGGACCUGGACGAUCUCGUCGUGUCGGUUGACCUUGUCCGCCAUGACUGCGUGGUCGCUCUGCAGACGAUCCAUCUUGGCACGAACCUGCACGUGGACGAGCAAUGAAUGCAGCAAGACGCAAUUCAUGAACAGUCGGUCGUUGGCAUGAGGGAGGGGCAUGCGGACCUGUGUUUUGAGUUCUCCCCUCUUCUCCCGCUCGCGGCGGAGCUGCUCCUCCAGCGAGUGAUGCAACUCACCUGAUGCACUCAAUCAUGGUCGGUCAGCCAGGAACACAAGCAGAGACCUAUACACACGGGCUGGGUGGGGUCCUUUCCUCAUUUUUCUCGUGUGCUGUGUACCCAUUCCCCUCAGCGAUCGCCUGAAUGAGUCGUUGCGCUCCUCGGCAGCAGCGCGGCUCUCGUCCAACGCUUUGACCUGACACGAGAUGUCAUAUGAAAGGCGCGUGUGUGCAGUAAGUGACGGUUGUGGCAUUUUUCCUGGUCACCUGUUUUUCCUGGUAGUCUCGUUCGCUCUCCAGCUGGUUGAUCCGAUCGUGCAGACGGUUGAUGGUACGACACUGAUGCACACACGCAGGCAGGAAAGCAAUUGACGGCGACACAUGAGCUGCAUCAGAGGUGUGCAUCCGUGUGUGCGUGUGGUUGAUCCUGACCAGGUCCUUGCGAUCCUUCUCCGACCUCUGCAGCUUCUGCACCUCGUCAUCGGUCUUGUCGCCCAUCUGAUGCACACACGCAGACAUGCAACGCACACGACACGCGACACACACAGGGAUGGGCUGACCUCUUUGAUGGUCUCCUCGAGCUCCUUCUUGGCUUUGCGCUCUGCAGACAGCUGCUUCAUCAACGUCUGCACACACACACACACACACGCAAUCACGGCAAUACAGGCAGGCACAUGUGCGUGUGUGAGUGACCUGGUUCCACGCCUGCUGGUCCUUGAGCUGCUUGGCGGUGGACCUCAGCUCGCUGCCCUUCUGACGCAGCUGACGGUCCAUGCUCUCCAUCUUCAACUGCAUUAUCAACAACACAAGACAGCACACAGAAGCACACAAAUAAAGGCAUGCAUGGGUGAGUACUGCAAUCCAUCCAUGCACGUGUCCAGAGCGUAUUGUGCGUACCUCGAGCUGGUUGACUCGCUCAUACCACCACCUCAGCUCGUUGGAAUUCAUCAGCACAGGCCCCUCAGGCAUGCCCUCGCCUCUCCCGCCAUCAGCCAUGCCGUCAUCGUCCUCGAGGCGCUCAAUUUGUGGUGACAUCCUGGAGCUGGCAGUGCGAGGCCGCGUCAGCGUCGCGCCUGUCCGGGGCGGCGGUCGGGGAGGGCUGAUGGGCUGCGACGGCGGCUGCGCGGGCCGCGCAGCGAAGCGAGGCGGCCUGGCACCCGGCCGAUAGUCCAGAAUCAUGGGUCACUGGAUGACCUCGAAACAAUGCUGCAUGCACGGAACAAUCAAUGCGUGGCUGAGGAUAGUCCAGCGGGGAGUCCGCUUGCUGUGC